UGAAAAGCCAGAUGGAAAUUUUGUUAGAUACCUGUUUUAAAGAAGGUGAUGAACAUCUAAAGUCACCAAGAACACCAGCUAAGACGUUGCUAGACAUUUUGUACCAUGAUGUGAAAUUAAGGGAAAUACUGAAACAAGUCCUUAAACUAUGCGUUUUUAUAAUCACAGCUGCUUAUCAAUAAACGAGCAUUUUUUUUAGUCAUUUCAAAUUUGUAAAAUUACAUUUGAGAACAACAAUGAGUGACAAUAGGUUGGCUAGUCUCAUGCUUUUGAAGUGCAAACUAUAACUUUGCAAAAGAGUUAACCACAAACAUCCUUUAAAAGGUUGGGUUCAACUGAAGAAACUUUAUAUUAAAAUCAAACAGUAGACGAAAAAUUUUUGUCAUGGAGCUACAGUAACUAGUGUGUUUCCUUAUCUUCCAAAGUUUGUCAAGGAACUUGGUUUUUCUGAAGUGGAGAUAGGAGCAAAGACAGGGUUACUUGCAUCAGCAAUGUUUAUGUGUAUGAUAUUUAGCAGUCUUAUAUGGGGAUAUACUUGUGAUAAUUGGGGAAGAAAACUUUCAGUAUAUCUGUGUGCUGGUGGUCUUGCUCUAACAACUAUCUUGUUUGGAUUCAGCUGCACCUACACAUGGGCCAUUCUCUCAAGAUCUUCUCAAGGCUUAUUUCUAGAACUUUGUUGUCUUUUGUUGGGCAAGCAAGAAAAGGUUUUUUUGGUUUAAUUGGUAUAACAAAAGUAAUAAUAACAGAUGUGUCAGAUGAUUCAAAUCUUGGUGUUGGGUUAACGUUUAUGUUUGCAUCAUAUAAUCUUGGUUUGAUUGUUGGACCAAGCAUGGCUGGAUUUUUAGCAUUUCCUGCAGAGAAGUAUCCACAUAUGUUUUAUAAAGAUUCUUUUAUCAGCAGACUAAAGAUAUUAAUACCGAAUCUAAUCCUUUCUGUGUGUAUUUUUAUAUCUAUAGUUGUUACCAUUCUGUUUGUUCCGAAGAAUACCCAUAGAAAAAAUGAAAACAACAAAAAGAUUAUACUUGAAAAAGAUGAUUCUUUUACAUUGAGCAAAGAUGAAGAUACUUAUUUAAACUGCUCAAUAUUAUCUAACUCAUAUUCUGUCAAUUUUUCUGGAAACUUAGAUUCUCUAAAACAGAAAAAUACUUUGAUAGAUUUAUUCAGGAAUCUGGAUUUUGUGAUUGUGCUGGUAUUCUAUGGUUUCCAAUCGCUAACUAUUAUUGCAUUUGAAGAGCUCUUUCCAGUUCAUGCAGCCACUGAAAUUAGCUAUUCUGGAUAUGGAAUGUCUGAAUCAGAAAUAGGAACUGUUUUUCUUAUUGUUGCAUCAGUUGUAAUAGUUCUUCAGCUCACAAUUAUAAGAAAUACAAUGAACAGAAUUGGUGCUAAAAAGAUGUUGUCUGCAGCUACUCUAGGGUUUGGCUUUCUAAUUAUUUUAAUGCCAACAGUUGGAAUGGUUAAACACAAGUUAGGGUUUUGGAUCACAAUGUGUAUUCAUCAGAUUCUUAUACGAUCAAUGAUGUCUUCUGGAUUUUUAGCAAUUAACAUGUUAUUGAAUAAUUCAGUUAGUUCUUUAUUACUUGGUACAGCAAAUGGUUUAGCUAUGUCAGUAACUGCUAUAGGGAGAGCAAUUGGACCGACUAUAUUUGGCAUUGCUUAUUCCUGGUCAUUGAAAAAUGUAGAGAAUGCUUUAAGGGGGAAAAAAAGCCUAAGAUUCCCGUUUAACGAAUAUUUUGCAUUUCUACUUAUUGGUUUAACAUCGUUUUUUUUAUUUCUCCUUGGUACACGUAUUCCAGAACGUUUUAACAAGAGGAAAAUAGAUGCCGAAGAAAAUCCAUUGAUUAUUAGAGCAAGUUUUUUAAAAUAUGAUACUUUUUUGAAAUUAUAAAGUAAAUAUAGUUUAUAGCAA